AUGUCAACCGUGGUUGACCAACUCGUUGAUAUGGGCUUCGACCGAGCUCGUGCCGAAUACGCGUAUGCGCAAACGGGAAAUGGUGCAUUAGAACAGGUCAUGGAUUGGCUAAUUAGUCACGAAGGUGAGGAAAUACCAGAAACGCCUUCAGAGGAUGCUGUAGCUGCGACGGACGGUAAACCGAAUGAGGCUGAACUAACAGAAUCGACUCCAGGCAGUUAUAAAUGCAAUGACUGCAAUAAGCUAUUUCGUGACGAAAAUAGUAUGAUGUUUCACGCCGCGAAGUCUGGUCACGAGAACUUCUCGGAGAGCACUGAGGUCAUAGCUGCCUUGACGCCGGAAGAACGUGCUAAGAAAGAGGCUGAAUUGCGUGACAGAAUACGAGCUGCUCGUGCGCUCAAAGAGGAGCAGGCGAGAAAAGAGGAGAUAGAAAAGGAGCGUCGUCGUCGUGAAGAAGGAAAAAAGAUGCUGGAGACUAGAGAGAAACAGAAGGAAAUGGAGUUGAGGUGA